AUGUCCAAGUACGAUCACGGUAGAGUCUCCCAAUUCGUGGGUGGCAACUCCCUCGAGACCGCGCCUCCCAGUCGCGUCAAGGACUUCGUCCAGACCCACGGAGGUCAUACGGUUAUCACCAAGGUCCUGAUUGCGAACAACGGUAUCGCCGCCGUCAAGGAGAUCCGCUCAGUCCGCCAAUGGAGCUACGAAACUUUCGGCACAGAGCGGGCCAUCGAAUUCACGGUCAUGGCUACGCCGGAGGACCUGAAGGUCAAUGCCGAGUAUAUCCGCAUGGCCGACCGCUACGUCGAGGUGCCCGGGGGUACCAACAACAACAACUACGCGAACGUCGAAUUGAUCGUCGAUGUGGCUGAGCGCGCCGGUGUCCAUGCUGUAUGGGCCGGUUGGGGCCACGCGUCCGAGAACCCCCGAUUACCGGAGAGCCUCGCCGCCAGCAAGCACAAGAUAGUUUUUAUCGGUCCCCCGGGCAGUGCCAUGCGCAGCUUGGGUGAUAAGAUCUCGAGUACGAUCGUCGCCCAGCACGCCGAGGUACCCACGAUGGCGUGGUCCGGAACGGGCAUCACCGACACUGUCCUGUCGGAAGGCGGUUUUGUGACCGUACCGGAUGGUGCAUACCAGAAUGCAUGCGUCACGAGCGUUGAGGAAGGCUUGGCCAAGGCGGAACAGAUCGGCUUCCCGGUCAUGAUCAAGGCUAGUGAAGGUGGAGGAGGCAAGGGUAUUCGGAAAGUCGAGAGUCCGGAUGCCUUCAAGAAUGCCUACAAUGCUGUGAUGGGCGAAAUUCCAGGCUCGCCUAUAUUCAUCAUGAAGCUUGCCGGCCAGGCCCGCCAUUUAGAGGUGCAGCUUCUUGCAGACCAGUAUGGCAAUGCCAUUUCGCUUUUCGGACGUGACUGCUCCGUCCAGCGUCGUCACCAGAAGAUCAUUGAGGAAGCUCCUGUGACCAUCGCGAAGGAAGAUACUUUUGAGCAAAUGGAGCGCGCCGCUGUCCGUCUCGCUAAACUUGUCGGUUACGUGAGUGCCGGCACCGUGGAGUACCUAUACAGUCACGGCGAGGACGUAUUCUACUUCCUCGAGUUGAACCCUCGUCUUCAAGUCGAGCACCCUACCACGGAGAUGGUUUCGGGCGUCAACCUACCCGCUGCCCAGCUUGCGGUCGCGAUGGGCGUCCCACUCCAUCGCAUUCGCCAUAUCCGUCAGCUGUACGGACUUGAUCCCCACGGGGCCUCCGAGAUUGACUUUGAAAUGUCCAAGCCCGAGUCGAAUCAACUGCAGCGCAAGCCGAGGCCGAAGGGCCAUGUUGUCGCCGUCCGGAUCACGGCGGAGAACCCAGACGCUGGCUUCAAGCCUUCGUCCGGUUCGUUGCAAGAACUCAACUUCCGUUCGAGUACCAACGUCUGGGGCUACUUCUCCGUCGGCUCCGCCGGUGGUUUGCACGAGUUCGCCGACUCGCAGUUUGGACACGUCUUUGCGUAUGGUGCCGACCGUGGCGAGAGCCGCAAGAACAUGAUCGUCGCGUUGAAGGAGCUCAGCAUCCGUGGUGACUUCAGAACCACUGUCGAGUAUCUCAUCAAGCUCUUGGAGAUGAAGGCGUUCGAGGAGAACACGAUCACGACUGGCUGGCUGGACUCCUUGAUCAGCAGCAAGCUCACUGCUGAGCGUCCCGAUGCGACCCUCGCGGUCAUCUGUGGAGCCGUCACGAAGGCGCACCUCGCGUCAGACGCCUGCUGGGCGGAGUACAAGCGAAUUCUCGACAAGGGCCAGGUCCCUGCUCGUGAUGUGCUCAAGUCCGUAUUCGUUAUCGAGUUCAUCUAUGACAACAUCCGAUACUCCUUCACGUGCACCCGGUCGUCCGCGACGCAGUGGACGCUUUACCUCAAUGGUGGCAGGGUUCUCGUCGCUGCACGCCCCUUGGCCGAUGGUGGUCUGCUCGUGCUCAUGGACGGCAAGAGUCACUCCGUCUACUGGCGCGAGGAAGUUGGCGCUCUUCGCCUCAUGGUGGAUGCAAAGACCUGCUUGAUCGAGCAAGAGAACGAUCCGACACAGCUCAGGAGUCCGUCACCGGGCAAGUUAGUUCGCUUCCUCGUCGACAGCGGCGACCACAUCAAGGCUGGCGAGCCUUACGCCGAGAUCGAGGUCAUGAAGAUGUACAUGCCUCUCGCGGCUACUGAGGACGGUACCGUCCAGUUCGUCAAGCAAGCUGGCGUUACUCUCGAGCCUGGAGACAUUAUCGGCAUUUUGGCACUUGAUGACCCUGCUCGUGUCAAGCACGCCAAGCCCUUCGACGGCCUUCUCCCUGAUAUGGGCGUUCCUAACGUCAUCGCCAACAAGCCGCACCAGCGCCUCGCCUACUGCUUGGGCGUCCUCAAUGACCAGCUCGACGGCUACGAUAACCUAGCCACUAUGAAUGCCAUCUUCAAAGAGUUGCUCGAUGUCCUCCAUGAUCCCGAACUGCCCUUUGGCGAGGUCAGUGCUAUUCUGGCCACGUUCUCUGGCCGUUUGCCUCCCAAGCUUGAGGAUAGCAUCCGCGCCGCCAUCGAGUCUACCAAAACCAAGGGCGAUGGCGCCGAGUUCCCUGCUCCCCGCCUGAAGAAGAUCCUGGAUCACUUCGUUCAAGAUAAUCUUCGGGCUCAGGACCGUGCCAUGUUCCGCACUCAGUUCGGUCCCUUAUUCGAUGUCGUGGAGCGCUACGUCGGUGGCAUGCAGGUCCACGAGAAGAACACGUUGGCGCAGCUACUGAACAAGUUCUCCGACACAGAGAAGCUUUUCGGAGGCAGCAUCGAAGCCCGGGUUCUGCAGCUUCGCGAAGAAUUCAAGGACGACCCGGACAAGGUCGCAGCGCUAGUGUUCAGCCACAUUCAGGCGCAAUGCAAGGCGAAACUCGUCAUGCUCAUUCUCGAUUAUGUCAAGUCGCGGGGCUGGCCGUCCACCGCGGAGAGUCGACUUCGUGAUGCUCUGCAUGCCCUAACAGCGCUUGAGACUAAAUCGUCCACCAAGGUUGCGUUGAAGGCGCGCGAGGUGCUGAUCUCGUCAUCCAUGCCAUCCUAUGAGGAUCGUCGCGUCCAGAUGGGCAAUAUCCUCAAGGCGGCGGUUACCAACACGUACUAUGGCGAAAACGCCGGCAACAGUCUUGCUAAUUGUGUUGUCAGGACGCCGAACGCGGACGUUCUUCGUGAGCUCACUGACUCGAGGUACACCGUGUACGAUGUCCUCCCGUCGUUCUUCGAUAGCUCGGAUCCCUGGACCGCCCUUGCCGCCUUGGAGGUUUAUGUCCGCCGCGCAUACCGUGCAUACCAUCUCCUGUCCAUCGAUUACGAGGAAGGUGACGGUGCCGACGACGGUGACGACCCACACGUGGUCCUCUGGCGGUUCAACCUAGGAUCGUCGCCGUCGCCGCCCUCGACGCCGCGGUAUGGCCCAGGCCGCCGCGCAGCGUCGGUCAGCGAUCUCACGUACAUGAUUAACCGGCAUCAGUCGCAGCCUGUACGCCACGGCGCCAUCGCUUCUUUCCCUAACCUUGCCGCUCUUGAUCGCGGGUUUGCAAACGUCGCCUCUUUGUUGCCUCAAUUCGAUGCCGCCGAAUACAGGGAGAAGUACGGAAACAAUAGCCAGCCUCCCAACGUCCUCAACCUUGCUCUCCGUAUCUUCAAUGAAGCGGACGAUCUGUCUGAAGCCGCCUGGUCUGACGCUAUCCAGUCUUUGAUCAACAAGAACCGCAAGGUCCUGAAUGAGCAUGGCGUACGCCGUGUUUCCGUGCUCAUCUGUCGUCCGGAGCAAUAUCCCUACUACUACACUCUGCGCGACAUGGGCAAGUCCUGGGACGAAGAGCGUCACAUUCGUAAUAUCGAACCUGCACUUGCCUUCCAGCUCGAGCUAAGCCGCCUCUCCAACUACAACCUCACCCCGUGCUUCGUCGAGAGCAAGCAGAUCCACAUCUACCACGGUGUCGCAAAAGAUAAUCAGCUCGAUAAUCGCUUCUUCAUCCGCGCACUCGUCCGCCCUGGCCGUCCUGGAGGAAAUAUCACCACCGCGCAGUACCUUAUCUCCGAGACCGAUCGCCUCGUUGCGACCACGCUCGACGCCCUCGAAGUUGUCAGUGCUCAAUAUCGCAACGCUGACUGCAACCACAUCUUCAUGAACUUCGUGUACAACCUUCCGGUCACCUACGACGACGUUUUGGCGGCGAUCUCCGGUUUCCUUGAACGCCACGGCAAGCGCCUGUGGCGCCUCCACGUCACCUCUUCCGAAAUCCGCAUUGUCCUUGAGGAUAAGGAGGGUAACGCGACGCCAAUACGGUGCAUCAUCGAGAACGUAUCUGGCUUUGUUGUCAAUUAUCACGGGUACCAGGAGAUCGUGACUGAUAGGGGGACGACGAUCCUUAAGUCCAUAGGCGAGAAGGGUCCGCUGCAUCUCCAGCCGGUUCACCACCCGUACGCCGUCAAGGAGUCGCUGCAACCGAAGCGUUACGCCGCGCACAUCAUCGGCACCACUUACGUCUACGACUUCCCCGAUCUGUUCUCCAAGGCUUUGUUCAACCUCUGGGGCAAGGCUCGCAAGGCUAACCCCGCGUUGACCUUACCGAAGAAGCUGCUUGAAUCGCGGGAGCUGGUGCUCGAUGAACACGAUCAGUUGCAGGAAGUAGACCGUGCUCCCGGUAACAACACCUUCGGUAUGGUCGGUUGGGUCUUCACCAUGAGGACGCCUGAGUACCCGUUGGGACGGAAGGCGGUCGUGAUCGCCAACGACAUCACCUACAAAAUCGGUUCGUUUGGUCCCGUCGAAGAUCAAUUCUUUUACCUUGCUUCUACAUAUGCCCGCGAGCACGGUCUUCCUCGCAUCUACCUAUCUGCUAACUCUGGUGCUCGCAUCGGGUUGGCCGAGGAGGCGCUUGGCCUGUUCUCAGCCGCAUGGAACGAUGAGUCCGCACCUGAGAAAGGCUUCAAGUACCUUUACCUCACCCGCGAGAACUUCCUCAAGCUCGAGGAGACGGCCCCCGGCGCUGUUCGUACGGAGGAGAUUGAAGAGAGCGGCGAGAAGCGAUACUUGAUCACAGAUGUCAUCGGAACGCAGGAUGGUCUCGGAGUGGAGUGUUUGAAGGGCUCUGGUCUCAUCGCCGGGGAGACAUCUCGUGCAUACGACGACAUCUUCACGAUCACACUGGUUACCGCUCGGUCCGUCGGCAUCGGCGCUUACCUCGUUCGCCUCGGCGAGCGUGCGGUGCAGGUUGAGGGCCAGCCGAUCAUCCUCACUGGUGCGCCCGCGCUGAACAAGGUGCUCGGACGGGAGGUCUACACGUCCAACCUGCAGUUGGGUGGCACGCAGAUCAUGCACAAGAACGGUGUAUCCCACCUCACCGCGUCGAGUGAUCUCGAGGGUGCCACGCACAUUCUCGAGUGGAUGUCCUACGUGCCGGCAUCCAAGGGCGAGAAGCUACCCAUCCUCGAGAGCACGGACUCCUGGGACCGCGACAUCGCCUACAAGCCGCCCAAGGGCGCGUAUGACCCGCGCUGGUUCCUCGGCGGCAAAACGGACGAGGCGAACUCUGAGUGGCUCAGCGGCUUCUUCGACAAGGACUCGUUCCAGGAGACGCUCAGUGGUUGGGCGCAGACCGUCGUCGUCGGCCGUGCGCGCCUCGGCGGCAUUCCGAUGGGCGCGAUUGCGGUCGAGACGCGGACUAUCGAGCGCAUCGUGCCCGCAGACCCGGCGAACCCAUCCUCGUUCGAGCAGCGGAUCAUGGAGGCUGGCCAGGUGUGGUACCCCAACUCGGCGUACAAGACUGCGCAGGCGAUUUUCGACUUCAACCGUGAGGGCCUGCCGCUGAUCAUCUUCGCCAACUGGCGUGGUUUCUCCGGUGGUCAGCAGGACAUGUACGACGAGGUGCUCAAGCAGGGCUCGAAGAUCGUGGACGGCCUGUCGAGCUAUAAGCAGCCCGUGUUUGUGUACAUCGUACCGAACGGUGAGCUGCGUGGUGGCGCGUGGGUCGUGCUCGACCCGAGCAUCAACGCUGAGGGACGUAUGGAGAUGUACGCCGACGUCGAGGCGCGCGCGGGUGUGCUGGAGCCUGAGGGCAUCAUCGAGAUCAAGAUGCGCAGGGACAAGAUCCUCACGCUCAUGGAGCGGAUGGAUGCUACUUAUGCCCAGCUCAAGCGGGAUAGCAAGGACCCCAGCAAGAGCGCCGAGGAGAAGGCGCAGGCGGCUGAAGCGCUUGCCAAGCGCGAGCAGUUCUUGCAGCCUACCUACAAGCAGAUCGCGCUCUUGUACGCCGACCUUCACGACCGUACCGGUCGCAUGGAGGCGAAAGGUUGUGCCAAGCCGAUGGUGUGGAAAGAUGCUCGUCGGCGCUUCUACUGGCGCGUGCGCGCCCGGCUCGCUUAUAGCGCCGCGCUCGAGAAGCUCGCGCAGGCGUCGCCCAUCUCGACGCACGAGUACCGCACGCGUCUGCUGGACACGUUGAGCCAGAUCAAUGACCUGCCUGACGCGCGCGCGCAGGCGGAGGCGCUUGAGCAGCUCGACCUCGCGCCGACGCUGAGCCAGCUCAAGGCGGACGCGGUCGCGAAGCGGCUCCUCGACGUCGGCCGGGACGACCGCAAGGCGAUGGUGAGCGGCCUUGCGAAGAUGGUGGACAACCUCACGGCGGACGAGAAGGAGGCACUGCGCGCCGCGCUGGCGAGUCAGGGACGGAGUCCUGGUCAGUUCCCGUUUCGCGCCCCUGCCCCGUUCACUUCUCUGCUUGGUGUUUUGUCCCCGGUCAGGACGCUGAUAUCAUUUUCGUUCAGGCCCUCCGAGUUAUGA